AUGUCAUUAAGUGCAGGCGUUGGUGAACUACUACAAUGCGAGUUAGUUUCACUUUAGUUUCGUUGAACGGAAUUCGGGCUGCGUGUUUAUCAAUCCUCUUACGCAUACGCGCAGCCAGUCGUUGAAAUGUAUAAAGUAAGCCAACCAAGAAUAAAAGUACUUUGUUUAUCAUCAAAAUAAUAAAGACAAGCUCUAAACAAACAUGCAGAUAUAUUUAGCGAAUAUUGGAAAUCGAAAGUUGGAAAUACAGUAGCGGGGAUUUCAACAUUCUUGGAACAUACCACACUACUCUACCUGGAAUUUCCAAAUUAAAUCAGACACGCCAUUUGCUAAGUUACAACACACAGCGACUGUUGAAUGAUUAUGAUAUAGUUUUAACAAAGCUGUUGGAUGAAUGAAAAAUUGUUGAUAAAUGAAAAUUACAUGUGACUGGAUUUUAACUGUGCCCUAUACUCUUACACGAAUUGUUCUCGUCGGGCUACCGAGUAUAUUAGAUUAUGUUUGCUGUGUAGAUAUGGUGUAAAGACAUCCUGUUUCGUUUGUUAAAGAAAAACAGCUACUCUUCAAACCGAUACUCAUAUAGUUGACAUUGCCCUAAGUAGUGCACAUGAAGCUCGUGUUUCUUUAAGCACACGUGAAAUUUCUUUACAGUUUGCCAAUUAACAUUUGACUGCAUAAUGUUUUCAUGUGUAAAAGGAUAUAAACGCGGCGAGACUGUACGGAUAUUUGCUUGCAUGAUGUAUACACUUAUUAGUACAUAAAACAUAUAUGUUUAUAGACUUGGUGUUGAUUUGCAAAUCAAGGAACGAAACAAACGAAUUUUCAGUUCUUCAAAUUUUGUGUUAAAAUUUUGAAAAAAUGAAAACUGAAGAAGAAAUCGCAUUACAGAAAUGUCAUAUGUCCCUGCUGCAAGAUUUAGACGUAAAGGACAUAUUACCACACUUGUUUCAAAAUGGAAUGAUUACCUCAAAAGAUUACGAGGACUUUGAAGAGAUGAACGAAACCAGGACUACUAAAUGUAAGAAGCUGCUUCGAAACAUAAUACGACCUGAAAGUAAAUGUACAUUUUUAGGCUUCACUGAAUCUUUAAGAUACAAUGAUACAUAUUCAUUUUUAGCUGAUUUAUUAGAACAAGAAAAAGAAAGACUGCUGAGGAAGAACGACUAUGAGAGUGGUGAUAGAAGUGAUCUUCUAUAUGAACCUGUUAGAAAAAUUAAUGUGUUUACAAAGAGGAGAAAAGCCAUUUCAGCACUUGCUCAUAAGCUUAAAAGACUUUCGCACGACGGUGAUAUUAAAACAUUCCAAAGAGUGGUUACAGCUAUUGAUACAAAGUUUAAAAAGAACAAACUGAACAUGACAACGGGUGUAAAUGAAAGAAUGGAGUUUGCUGACAUGAGAUUUGCUUCUAUUGAAGCUGAAAUAAGUGCCAAGAGAGUGCGUUAUGACAGAAGUCUUGAGGAAGGGGAUAUGUUCAGGGAUAUGGAGUCCGUUAUAUCUUUUACAAGUAACCCCCGUGUGAGCAGUAUGUCUUAUCUCGCAAGGUAUGGUUCAACAAUAGCCAUGACAGAUUCUAUUGAUGAUGGGCUGGCGUAUGUUCAAUUUGCUAAAGAACAUGCAGAGCACGUGACGCCGUGCAAGGACACGGGCAUGGUUUACUACAUAGAAGUCAAUUUGCUGUCUCAAAAGUAUGAAAAAGAUCCAACAACUCACCUUAAAGCAAACAUUUUGAAAACAUCAGAGCAAGGUAUUGCUCAGUUUACCGAUGAAAAUGAUGAAAUAAGAAAAGACUAUCAGAGAAUGCUAUUGUUAAAAAGGGUAUUUUGUUACCUAGGAGUUGGCCUUUUUUGCAAGAAAAUAGAAAAAGCAGAAACUACACAAAUAGACAUAGAAGAGGCUAAAAAGGUGAUAGACUUUAUAGAAACAUCCGACAUAUGGCAAGGGAUGGAGAAAAGACGUAAAAUGUUGUUCUACGUUGCUAAGUCAGAGUAUUACAAACAACAAGGCAAUUCGGAUUUAGCAGUGGUCCAUGCUAAAGAAGCUCAAAAGUUGGGAGAAGAAAAUAACUGGACAGCUGAACUUCCAAAUAUUUCCGAGAUGGUAAUGGAGCUUGAAAGAAAAAGGACUACUGUAUGUAAACUUACAGAUGCAUCUGAGGUCGAUAUACUUGCUGAGUUGUUUGAGGACCUUCCUGACCUCGAAGACGAGUCAGAAGAAAAUAAUAAUGACAUAACAUGCUCAUCAACGAAUUACGUUGAACAUGGAAAUGGAAGCAAUGAUUUACCGUCGGCGCUCAUACGUGGUGUGCAAGAAACCGGCGAGACAAUAACACAGAUGAUGUAUAUGAAAGAAUGUGUGAUAAAUGACCAGGCCGAAGAAGCUGUUACUUGGGCUACAAAUGAUUAUGGCAACACUUUGCAUUCAGAUAUAGCGUCUACAUAUGCAAUUCAAGGAGCGGAAGAGAUGCAUAAACAAAUGAUGGAUUUGAAAGAGGUUAUUAUGCAUGACUCUGCCGAUGAAACUGCUUGUAGGUCUGCAAACGGUUGUAAUCAAAGAAUAACGUUUCUGAAAGAGGUCAAUGUAGAACAACAUACACAAGAUCUACAAUAUCAUACACAUCUGGGUUUUAAUGGUGCAGACAUCAGUUUUGACAAAAGCGAUAAACAAAAUAUGCAAAACAAUUUAGACAAAACAAUAAUGGCGCCAUGUAUGUCAUAUUUAAAGUCACCAGAUAACGAAUAUGAAGAAAAUGAGACAUCAAUCAUUAAAGAUCAGUUUCAGUUACGAUAUAAAAAGGAACAAGAGGACGAUAAUUGUACACAUCCAGACUUAUCUAAUGAUCACCACUUCAUGCUUUUGAAAGAACAAAAUUCAAUUAGUCAAUCAGAACCAAGUCCAGUUAGUGAAUCACCAUCUAACAUCAGCCAUAAUUUGAUAUUGUUGAAGGAAGGAGGUGAAAUUGCAAUACCAACUCAGAUCUGUCACAUGUCUCAGUAACUCCAGUGUCGUAUGAUACAGCAUGAGAUAUGAUGAUAUAUAGGGCAUAAACAAGAAAACGUGUCGACGAAGUUAGCGUGUCAUGAUAUAUAGGACAUGAACAAGUAGACGUGUCACGAUAUAUAGGACAUGAACAAGUAAACGUGUCGAUGAAGUUAGCGUGUCGUGAUAUAUAGAACAUGAACAAGUUAACAACGAGUGUUGAUGUAUAAGACAUGAAAAAGUAGACGUGUUGAUAAAGUAAACAUGAUAAUAACUUUUAUACUACUCCCGCACGAUAAUUUAAACGACAGCAUGUUUAUAUUAUCGUUUGAUUGUUAUUGUUCUCAUGACUCAAAAAGUUUGUCAAUGAUAGAAGCUAAUUGCAUACUGUAAUGCUAUACAAAUGUACAAAAAUAUUUUCUGUAUUAAAACGUAUUAAUGAAGAAAAAUCAUAAUUAUCAAACAUGUUAUCAUUUGAGUUAUCGUGCGGGAUUUAUAAAAACGAGCAUUUUUUUGUUUUGGUUAUUACGCAAUGAUAAUUGCACUGUGCAGUUACCAUAUUUUACUUUGAUUGGGUAGUAUGGGCGAUGGCUUUUAUUUUCAACAUUUAAGAUAUUUUGUAUAAAGAGUGAGUUGUAAGAAUCACAAUUGAAUAGCUGACCUUAUUUAUUCUUUAUGAAAUUAAAAAAAGCAAAAGGGC